CUGGUACACUCCCGUGGCUGCUGCUUCUCUUCCUCUUCACUCCUUCUCCUCUUCUACAUUUCAAAAUAUCAAUUGACCAUAACAUUCUCAUAAGGCAACGAAAUCGUGUAAGGUCAGAGGCUUUGGAUUCAUCCCGAUUCCCGAAGCCUCUUCGAUUUGACAGCAUACACGCACGUUGAACCAAUCAUACACACUCACAGAUAUCGAAACCUAGAAGUUUGGACGUUUUCCGACGGUUUUUCGCCGAUUCCGGCCAAUAUCGCCGGAGUUGGGCCUCGACUCGAGAGGUAAAAACACUCCUCUCUUCACGGGCUUUCAGAAUAUAUUCGUGGUGGUUGAGUUGAUCUUGAGCUUGGAUAAGCUAAAUGGACUAAUUGGAGACAUAAUUGAGACCUUGGCAUGUGUUGAAAUUUUCUUACGGUGAACCAAGUUCGAUUACUUCGAAUAUGUUCGUGUUCAUAUUUUUUGAGCUCUUCCAGAUCGACGGAAGGGCAAGGCUUCUCGAUAUUGAGCAAGCGGUGGUAACUGUGAGUGGACUUUUUUUUUCUUUUUUCUUUUUCCCCAUAAAAUGGUUUACUUGUAUAUCUAUAUACUUACAAAUGAUUUCUAAUGAUUUUGACUUAUUUGUGAUAAUGCGGUUUACUGUCGAUUAUUGUUGAUCUUGAUACUUGAGAAUUGUGGUUUAGUUUUGCAAACUAUUGUGGAGAUUUGAUCUUAUUAUUGACAUUCAUUUGGUGUGAUAUUGGUCUUAUGAGAUAAUGGUUUCAUUAAUAGGCAUGAUCAUGCAUUUUCUAACCCAUUGAAAUGAUGAUCUUCGACACCACUUGGUAUGCUUGCACUCAUGUCAUGGUACCCUUUUCUGCGGCAGUAGAGUAAAUUAUUGCCAUGACAUUCAUUAUGGGUUAAAGUCUCACGGUUGGGUUAGAGUCCCAACUCCAUUGUUAUUUUGGGUUAGAGUCGCAACUCAUUUAUUGGGUUCAAGUCCCAGCGUUUUGUGUUAACGUCCCGGCUAGGUACAUAUAAAUGGGUUCGAGUCUCGACAUGGGCAUAUGUGUUUGCUUUUCCAUUGGGGGACUUAUUGUGAUUUGGAUUACUAUGCUUACGGAGACUCCUUAUACCGUGAUGUUGAUUUACUGGUUUUGAAAUCCAUGGUUAUUUAUACAGUUUUGAGAUUUAUCUAUGUAUCUAUAUGUAGUAUGGAUUUUACACUACGGAUUUUCAGCAAGGGGGUUAGUAUGUUCAAAAAGAGAAAUUUUUUGAAAACUUUCCUUUUGUCCACUCACACUCUUCUUGUUUUGCGUCCCCUUCAAGACCUAGUAGCGGUUAUUGUAUCGACGUCGAGGAUUAGCGGGCAGUUCUGCCAUACUCUCGAAAAUGUAGAGAGACUUAUCCUUGUUGUAGGACCUUUUUUUUUUUUGAGGGAAAGGAAACUUUUAUAAAAAGGCACAAAAGCCAGAGCAAGGACUCCUUGUUGUAGGACCUAGUAGUAAAUCCAUCUGCGCAUGGAUAGAACAUCUAGACUUUCUUUUGAGAAUUUAGGCUUCCGCAUGCACAUUAGCACUCAUGAAUUGAACUAUGAACAUGCUUGUAGUGGAGGGUCUGCGACCCAUUAGGUGUGGCCAUUCGGGAUGUUCUGUUGUUAAACAAUUGUGAACUUUAUGGAGGUUGGUUUUAAUCACUUUUUACUGCAAAAUAUGCCAAUUUUUAGUAAUGCCCUACUUUGAAUUUAUAGUUGCACAUCAUUUAUGCAUGUUUUGGCUUGCGUCACCUUACAAGUGUCGGCCAACAUGAUAUGAUCUAGCUUUUUAUUUGAAUAUCUGGGUUGGGGUGUGUCAUAAGUUAUAUAUGGUACAAUGUAUAGUCCAUUAACACUAGUUUUGAGGGGAGUUGAGCAAAUGUGGUGUCAUUAACUAAUGGAAAAUUGUCUGCAAUAAGUGUAGGUUUUUAACAUUGUUCAACGUUUACAAGUGUUGAUGUCAAAUUGUGGAUCGACUUAGAAUGGGGAAGUCAACCUUUGCAAGGUUGUUUUGGUCGUUUAGCAAUAGUGCUCGUUAAUCUUUUCUUAACAAUUUUCGAGCAUAAAAUAAUAUUUUGAAAACUCGGCUAUUUUUUAAAAUUUUAAAAUUAUAUUGUUUUUAAUAUUAAUUAUACCGUAUAUACGUAUAGAAAAUGUGUACAAUAAAAUGUAAAUUUUAUGUAUUAUUAAUUAUAUAUGUAGGUAAUGUGUAUUACAUGUUAAAAUAUGAACGUGCGUGUAUUGUAUCUUGGAGAUUUAAAAAAAUUCAUGUGAUUUAAUGACUAAUUAAGUCGCGUACGGACAAUUGUAGUAUUUUUAAGAAAUAUGUGAGAAAUAUGUACGUAUAUAAUACACGUGUAUUCGAAUUUUGCUAACUAUGGUAGCAAAAGCAUUGACAAAUUCGGGAUUGGUAAUCAAGGCACCCACCAAAAAGCACCCAACAAUUAAAAGCAUAUUUGCAAUGAUUCCGAGUUGAUCUAAGAACUGACUUAGACAUUUUAUGCCCCACUUUUUUGGGAUGAGGAUCCUUUUUGGAUUUUCUUUGUGCAUCAGAACGGUUCAUCGUACAUUGUAUGGUUAGUUUUCGUUAGAUACUAUUUGUGUUUAAUUUUAAAUAAAUAAAUUCAAAAUGAUUUCUGAUCACACGAUGUACGAUAAACGGUUAGGAUUUUGGAUCCCCACAACUUGGAUCCGGAUGGGAUCCAAACCCACUUUUUUUGGUUAACUUGAGAGUCCCAAAGUUGGUUUUGCCUUUAUGUAGUUAUAAUUGUCAAUGAGCACAAAAAAUACAAGAAAUAAAACACUUGGCGACCAAGAAAUCCUAUUUAGGAAAUACAACAUUCAUUAAGGAUAAAUAAGUUAAUAAAUAAUAUUUCAAAUAGGUAUUGAAAUAAACCUCAUAUUGUAAUAAGUUAUAAUUUUUCUUGGUCCCAUCUUAAGGAAACAUGUCUCCACAGCAUUAUAAUUGUCAAUGAGUACAAAAAUAUGCAAGAAAUAAAAUACUUGGCGUCCAAGGAAUCCUAUAUAGGAAAUACAACAUUCAUAAUAAGUCAAUAAAUAAACUUUUUAAUUACACAUCUAUUAGGUAAUAACCUCCUUGAAGUUAUAAAAUUGGUUUGGUCCCGGCUGGUGUUUCCGUCAUCCAUCGAUAAGCCGCAUAAAUGACUAGAACUUGUUCCCUUUUCUGAGUUGCAUUUUGUCUACCGCCUUGGGCUUUUCUUCUUGUUGGGGGAAGUUCAGCUCUUCAUCUUAGUUGCUCCAGAAGCCUAGAAAUCAGAACCAAGCCAAGAUGAAUAAACCUAACUGAGAAAUACCUAAUUGAGAAAUACCUCCAUGUUCAGUACAUCUACAGGCUACAUCAUAGUACCUUACUGAAAAUAUUACUGACUUAUUUGUUUAAUACACCAGAAAAUGAAUAAACCUAACUGUAAAAAUCAAAAGUGAAAGAAAAAACUAGGUAUCCUUAGGAUAGAGGAGCACGUUGUGAGGCAAUACGUAUUAUUGUGCAAUGAUUUGGAAGAUUUGUUGUUUAAUUAGUUGUUCAAAUAUCAUUCUUGCAAAGGAUAAGACAAAUGUAUUAAUUCUGUUUAUAUAAGAAAUUUUUAUUAGCACUUCAUAAAAAUAAUACUGCAUUUCUUGCUCUGAUUUUUUUUUUUCACUAUACAAUAGUCAAUAAUUUCCCGAAAAGAAAAUAAUAAACAUAAAAUAAAUUAUUAAUGAAUUUUUGCUUUGUUGUCCUCUUCCGUUCACUGAUUAUACAUGCAGGGAGCUGAGCUUAUAGAAGCUAACAAGCGACUAAGACAGAGGGUAAGCAACUACCAUCUAUAUUUUUUUUCUUCUUUUUUUUAUUUAAUGAAAAACAGUCACUCUUAAUUAAAAAAUUAAAUCUGGACGAUUUUUUUCUUUUUUGUUUUUGCGUGGCAUGGUGAUGCUAUCGCCGGAGGAGAUAUCGGAUCUGCGGCGAAGAUGACUGCUCCGAUUUCUUGUUUCUCAAACUGGGGGGUAGGAAGAAAUGGUGAAAAUAAGGAAAGAGAAGAUCAAGAUCAGGAGGAUCGACUACUUGCCGGCAAGGCAGGUGACCUUCUCAAAGAGGAGAAGAGGGAUUUUCAAGAAAGCUGAAGAGCUGUCGAUUCUGUGUGAAUCUGAAGUUGCUGUUAUCAUCUUUUCUCAAACUGGCAAGCUCUUUGAUUUCUCAAGCUCCAGUACCAAGGAUGUGAUUGCAAGGUACAAAUCACAUACUGGGGAAAAAUCGAAUCAAUCGAUGCUUGAUCAGCUGCAGUUGGAGAAAGAAAACACGAUCAGGCUGAGUAAGGAACUUGAGGAUAAGACCCGCAAGCUGAGGCACCUGAAGGGUGAGGAGCUUCAAGACUUGGACCUGGAUGAACUGCAGAAGUUAGAAAAAUUGGUGGAAGCAAGCCAUGGCCGUGUGAUGGAAACUAAGGAAAAAAAGAUUAUGAGUGAGAUUAUGGCACUUGCGAAAAAGGGAGAUGAGCUUGUAGAAGCUAACAACCAGCUAAAGCAGAGGAUGGUGAUGUUAUCCGCCCGAGGAGAUAUCGGACCGGCGGCGAUCAUGGAGUUGGAAAACCUGAAUAAUGGUGGAGAAGAAGGCGUGACAUCUGAAUCAGCUACAAAUGUCACCACCAGCUCCAACAGUCCUCUUUCUCUUGAAGAUGACUGCUCCGACAUCUUGUCUCUCAAACUGGGGCUACCUUAGUUUCCCUGGUUAAGAAGUGGACACAGAUAGGAAGUUGCACUUCCUUAUAAUUUCUAAAUCAAGUCGAGUUAUGUAAAAUACGAAUGAUUUGUGUCUUCUAAAUAAAGUCGAGUUAUUGUAAGAUACGAA